AUUAGAAUUUAGAACGUACUCUUAAGUUUUAGUCCGCUUUUCGUAUAUUUGUUAAAAAUGUUAUGUUUAUAUACUGCUGAACGUAAAUAUUUAUUUGUAAACAUUAAUGUUAUAGGCAUAUUUCUCUAUAAUAAAAAUUCUGACAUGUAAGGACGCCUGAAUAGCGUAAAUAUAAUAUGUCAUAACCUAAAUAUAAGUUGCAAAAAUGAAUACCCAAGUUUGUGUAAAUUGUUACAAUAAAAAGGCUGUUAAUUCGACGGACAACCGUUUAGUAACGGAGAGUUGCGGUCAUGUUAAGUGUAUGGAUUGUCUUCUGCAAGAAAAAUCAGGUUGUGUCGCCUGUAAGCAGAACGUUAGUGAGCCUGAAACAAUCGAGAGUUCAGAACAGAAUCCUCCGCUGACGCCGGUUGAAAGCUACGAAGAACCAGCAGCCUGUGAAGAUGCUUCUAACGAGGAUAACGCAAACAUUGUAGACCCCAAUUCUAAGAAAAAAUUAGAAAUCUCUCACAUUAGGAUAGAAAUGGAUGGUGAUAGAAAGUGUUAUACAUGUACAGUGUGCAAGAAAAAAUUUUAUGCUCGAAGCCAGGUGUCAUAUCAUGCUUACUGCAACGGUCAGAAAAAACCAUACAAUUGUCAACUUUGUAAGCAGAGCUUUGCAUCCCUAUCACAUUAUAAAUACCACACUCGAGUGCACAGCCAGGAACGUUCUUACGGCUGUGAUGUAUGCGGAGCAGGCUUCUAUCAGAUGUCAAAGCUGAAGAGGCACAAGUUGAAACAUACCAAAGAGAAGAAUUUCUCGUGCAGCGAGUGCAAUAAAGCAUUCAACAACAUGUCCUCGCUGAGAAAACAUGCUCGAACACACACCGAGGAACGACCGUACUCGUGUAACACAUGCGGCAGGCGAUUCAGAGACAGCUCCAACUAUAAGAAACAUGUCGAUAAACACAAGAAACCAUGCAAGUCGUGUGGAAUGGAGCUUCAGGCGUCUGGUGUUCAUCGCUGCGAAGGUCCUGGUAGUGGUAGUCCUGGUGGUAGGGGGAAUGGUGGUGGGCCCACCACGGGGGGGCCUCGCGCUCACGCCUGCCCCCGCUGCAGGAAGGCCUUCCACUCCCGGAAGGACAUGAGACGACACGCAGCCAUUCACUCAGAUUCUAAACCGUUCCGCUGCAAAGCCUGCCCUGACGAGCGACGUUUCAGACGCAAAGAUAAUUUAGAGCGGCACAUCCGCAAUGCACACCCUAACUGCGCCCCCGCCACAGCUCUGGAAUGCGAUCUGACCGCCCUCCAGAGCGUAGCCCACCACGCCUAUGAAAUACACGAGAAGAUACGCCUAGAAAUUCUCAACCCAUUACCGCCUCUACCUCAGGAAGUCAUCCAGAAACACAUAGACGUCGAGGUCGUUGACAAAAAGUCGAUCAUAGAGGCGAACAACGCCAGGGAGAGCGUCAUAGUCGAGAAGAAACCCGAGGAGAAGAAGGUCGUUACUCCAGAGAACGAAUAUGUCCAUAAAAUAAGGAAAGCCAUAAUACCUCUACCGCCCAUAGACCAGGAGAAGUUCAGGAGCGUUCAGAGAGGAUUGUUACCGGACAGCGUGGCCGCAGCACCCAUCAAGAAUAUGGAGAUAUACAAGAAGAUACUGUACGAGAAGAUAGAGAAGGACUCGGCCGAGGUCAUACAGAACCCCAAGAUGCAUUGGAGGAGGAAGAUGGAACAGGAUAGCAAUUAGUGAGUCAGUGAAAAUGUUAAGGCUGAUUUGGAUGGCGAAGCGAUCCCGACUGCUGAUGUUUAGAACGAUUUACUUUUAUACAAUAUACAAAACCGUAAUGUCGAUAGAUUAGGUUAUACGAUGAACUGACGCUCGGCGCCAAGGGUCGCUGGCCGCCGAUGUUGGCGACCGUGGAUAUGUAGGGAGCGCUAUUCGAUAACGGACUUAGGAUUACACAUGUUUAUUAUCAUUGUCAGUUCUUACAAAUGUUCAAUAGAUCCCGUCUAACGCGGCGACGUUAUCAUAAUGCUAUUGUAAUGUUUGUAAGAAGAUGACGACCUGGUGAGUGAUUGAGAUACGUGCCUCUAAGUCAUUGAAAUGAACGAUAUUUAUUCUGUAAGUUUUGAUACUUGAGCUAGAAAUUAUUGAAGGUUAGUCGUAAUUUGCGUCCAAGACGUUUAGAUGAUAGCCGAUUGUUACUUUCAUUAUUAUUAUAUUUUUUGGCCACAGUCUAAAAUUUUUCGCCGGCUCCAGGGACGGAAACCUUUUUCAUUGAUCUCUAUAUAUAUGAUUAUUAAUGGACAUUGUCACAUGUAUUAUUUCGUCGUUACUCGAUGGCUGGGCCAUUCGUGGAUACUUUAUGUACUUUUAAGUCAUUAAAGGAAAUCGUAAUUAUUGGUGAUAGUUAUCGUUGUAUUAUAACGUAUUGGUAAAUUGAUUAUUGAGAUGAAAUCCAGCGGACGUUCCUCGCUACCAGUUACCGUUUAUUAUUCGUACAAAUUAUGUGUAACUGUAAUAUUUAAAACGUAACGUUUAAAAACUGAGCCGGGCUGAGUUGGCGCAGACUCUGAAUAGCGUCACAAUGUACGUGGCUUUAUUGUCUCCUGUAUCGGAUAACUCGAUGGCACAAUAUAUCUGGACAUAUGGAAUAAAAGAUUAAUCGACACGAGUGGGAUACGAACCCGUCGCGGCUAGGAUAUCAUAUUACAGGCGUAUCGAAAUUUGAACUAUAGUGUCCCUACUCAAGUCGAUGUAUUUGGCAUCUACGUAUAGUACUGUCGUGUUUUUUUUUCUAUAAUUUUUAUAUUAAAAUAUCUGAAAUAAACCGUACUUUGAUCGAGCUUGGUCUGCCAAAAAAAAAAAAAUUAAUUGUGAUACAUAUAUACAUUGGAUACGUUCAAAAUUAUUUUAGUAUGUAGUGAUGACUGAUUGUGAUCUCGAGAUUGAUCUCAAAGUUUAUUUAAGAGCUUAAUACAACAGCAUUAUUCCAUAUAUUAUUGUCGCGAAGCAAAACGACUUUUCUCUAUUCUUAAAGUCAUUUUAAUGCAACAUUAAAAGUGUCGAAGUUUAAGCUAAACUAUUUUUGACACACGGAUGUGUCGCGGAACCCACCGUGUCAGACAGUGAAAAAUCACUCAUAUUUUUACUUCUAACAUAAUGGUGUAUAGUUUUACAUAACAUAUUGUUAAUUUUUGUAUUUAUAGCGAAUGUCCUGUUCGUUGUAACAUGCAAUACUUUGAUACGAAUAAAAUGAAUUUAUAAA